UGCUACUGGACUCGACUCCACUGUCACGUUCUCUUCUCUGUUCCCAAACUCGGAUUCACGUGGCAGGCAUGAAAAUCGCAUUGCUCGCUUCGAUGCUUCUCUACAGAUAAGAAAGCUCGCUCGCAUUCCAAGCACCUCAACUUUCCAUUUCCAAUUUUGUAUUCUCCAUAUAUAAAUAACAACCCAAUCCUCUACCUCUUUGCUUUCACUCAUCUCCCAAGUCCCAACAAUCGGAUUUUCUCGAACUCGGUUCUUUGUAAGGAUCCAAUAUGCUUCACCAUCCAUUACUCUACGGUUCAAGAUCCACUACUCAUUCUACACUCUUCGCCUCUGUUUUUUCCGGCGGCAACUACGUCGGGCGUAGUUCAUUUGCCGGAAAUUUGUCUGGCCGUGACGUCGGGUUGAAGUUUAGUAAGCAAGCAACUGGAAGCAAAUCUAAUAAUAACAUGCAUGGAGUUUUUAGUGAGGCAAUGGACCGUGCCAAGCAUAGGACAACUAGUGUUUAUGGUGGUCGUGCUCAAGAAGGGUUACUUGAGGAAGAAGCCUCAAAAGUGCUAAGGAGCAGACCUUCAUGGGAAAUUUUCCCAGGCCAGGCAUUCCCAUUGGGUGUGUCAGAAGUUGACAAUGGGAUCAAUUUUGCUAUUUUUUCACAGUAUGCAACUGCUGUCACACUUUGUUUAGUCCUUCCUGAGAGGGGAGGCAUUGGCACAUUGGAUGGUGGCAUGAUAGAACUGGCUUUGGAUCCUCAUUUGAACAAAACAGGGGACAUUUGGCACAUAUGUAUUGAGGAUCUUCCUCGGAGCAAUGUUCUGUAUGGAUAUCGCAUAGAUGGACCUCAAGACAUGGGUGAAGGGCAUCGAUUUGACAGCAGCAUUGUGCUUGUUGAUCCUUAUGCAAAACUAAUGGAAGGUCGACGAUAUUUUGGGGAUAUUAGCAUGAAGUUGUCCAAGUUUCUUGGCACCUAUGAUUUUGACAGCUUGCCUUUUGACUGGGGAGAAAAUUACAAGCUUCCAAAUAUUCCAGAGAAAGAUCUUGUUAUAUAUGAGAUGAAUGUCCGCGCAUUUACAAUUGAUGAAUCUAGUGGGUUGGAUAGCAACAUUCGUGGCAGCUAUCUUGGUGUUAUUGAGAAGAUCCCACACCUUCUGGAGCUUGGUAUCAAUGCAGUGGAGUUGCUGCCUGUCUUUGAGUUUGAUGAGUUGGAACUCCAAAGGCAUCCAAAUCCCAGAGAUCACAUGAUUAACACAUGGGGUUAUUCUACAAUAAAUUUCUUUGCUCCUAUGAGUCGCUAUGCUAGUGCUGGUGGAGGAUCAGUUAAUGCUUCCCAAGAAUUUAAGCAAAUGGUUAAAGCCUUACAUUCUGCUGGCAUAGAGGUUAUUUUGGAUGUUGUCUAUAAUCAUACUAAUGAGGCUGAUGAUGCCAAUCCUUACACUACUUCGUUUCGUGGCAUAGAUAAUAAGGUUUAUUACAUGCUGGACAAUAAGGGACAAUUGCUGAACUUCUCUGGCUGUGGAAAUACAUUGAAUUGUAACCAUCCAGUCGUCAUGGAGCUAAUUCUUGACAGCCUAAGACACUGGGUCACUGAAUAUCAUGUGGAUGGAUUUCGAUUUGAUCUUGCGAGUGUCCUGUGUCGAGGAAUCGAUGGUUCCCCCCUUAAUGCUCCACCAGUUAUUAGGGCAAUUACUAAAGAUGCAGUCUUAUCGAGAUGUAAAAUUAUUGCAGAGCCUUGGGACUGUGGAGGUCUCUAUCUUGUUGGAAGUUUUCCAAAUUGGGAUCGGUGGGCUGAAUGGAAUGGGAAAUAUCGCGAUGAUGUACGGAAAUUUAUCAAGGGCGAUUCUGGUACGAAGGGGAGCUUUGCAACUCGUGUUUCUGGGUCUUCUGAUCUUUACAGAGUGAACAAGCGUAGGCCAUACCAUAGUAUUAACUUUGUUAUUGCACAUGACGGAUUCACCUUACAUGAUCUUGUUUCAUACAAUUUCAAGCACAAUGAAGCUAAUGGGGAAGGUGGAAAUGACGGAAGCAAUGAUAAUUUUAGUUGGAAUUGUGGUUUUGAAGGGGAAACUGAUGAUGCUAGUAUAAAAGCUUUACGGUCACGACAAAUGAAAAACUUUCAUUUGGCAUUAAUGAUAUCUCAGGGCACACCAAUGAUGCUAAUGGGGGAUGAGUAUGGCCAUACUCGCUAUGGAAAUAACAAUAGUUAUGGGCAUGAUUCUGCUAUUAAUAAUUUCCUGUGGGAUCAGUUGGAUGCUCGGAAAAGUGGUCAGUUCAGGUUUUUCUCGGAGGUGAUAAAAUACCGGCAUGUACAUAAAGUAUUCAGUCAUGAAAGUUUUCUCAGCAAGACUGACAUAACAUGGCAUGAAGACAAUUGGGACAAUUAUGACAGCAAAUUUCUUGCAUUUACGCUUCAUGACAAAAGUGGAGGAGAUAUCUAUUUGGCAUUUAAUGCUCAUGACUACUUUGUUAAAGUUCGGCUGCCCACGCCUCCAACAAAGAAGAGGUGGCUUCGAGUGGUCGACACUAAUCUGAAAUCUCCCGAUGACUUUGUCCUUGAUGGUGUCCCUAGCAUAGAUAACAUGUACAAUAUAGCUCCAUACGCCUCCAUUCUCCUUGAGGCGAAGUUCUGAUUGCAGAAACUGUUGUAUACACGUAUCCAAAGAAAAGAAAAGAAAAAAGGCUGUUACAUACACGUAUCUCAGAUGCAAUGUUUAUUAUUUAGUUUUUACAAGGUAGCAGGAGGAAAUAUAUGCUGCAAUGGGUCCUUGGCUCAGUAUGGUGUGAAGUUGUAGCUUAGCACUAGCAGUCGCAUAUAUACAAAACAGAAGAGCUACGGGGCAAGGGGAACAAAAGCCGAAGAGGAAAAUUUGAAAUCAUAUCAUUUCCAGAAUGGAGCAGGGCAGAGUCAGGUUACAAGUUAAUUGAGGCUGGUCUUACCAAGUAUAUGGAUAAUCAAUUACUACUUCAUAUAUGCAUAUAUUGUAAAAUUGAAUUGAAUUUAAUAAAUGUCAUUGUCUAUCUAUCUAUAUGCUAGGUAUUGUUAUAUUGUAGAUUUGAC